AGAGAGAGAGAGAAGAGGAAGAGAGACCAUGAAGAGAGACGGAGGGAAGAGCAGUCCUUCGGAGCAACAGCCAUUCCUUUUCUCGUGACGUCCAUUGCGUCGCUCGAGCAGUCCUUUGGAGUUACCUCCUUCGCAGCCCCCUUUGUCUUCGCUUCUCCCUCCGGUCUCCGCUUCUCCCUCCAAUCAACGAAGACCUCGCGAACAAAGCAAAUAGAGCCGUCUCACCUCUUCCUCUGGCUGGAGCUCUCGCACCUCUCCCCCCACCGCCCAAUUUCAGUGAAAUAGGGAGGUGGAGAUGCCUCCUUCUCCAGCAAUGAGAUGUUCCCCUAUAAGGGAGAUCAAAGGGGAUAAUCACAAAAAAGGACGCAGUCUCGAGGGCAGGAUACUCCUCAGGGAGAAAAAUGACAAUCAUGCUCUCUUCAAUGAGAUGAAGACUAGAGAAAGAGACAGUUUCUUGCUUCAAUCAAAUGAUGAUUUUGAACAUACAUUCUCCAUGAAAUUGAGAUACUUGUCAGAUUACAAGCUUGGAAUGAAUCAGAAAACAAAAAGGAAGACAAGGAAAAGCAGUGGUUUUUCUCGAGGAGUAUCAAAAUAUAGAGGAGUUGCAAGGGAACAAAAACAACAUCAUCAUAAUGGAAGAUGGGAAACUAGGAUUGGUAGAGUAUUUGGCAACAAAUACCUCUAUCUUGGGACAUAUGGUAAUGACUUCGCACUCUUGGGCAAGGCCUUAAUCUUUCUCUUUUACAAAUGGCUACAUGUCAAAGACCAACAGGUGCCAUGUGUUGAAUGA